AUGUGGUGCCGUCAGUUACUUCCCUUGCUUGCGCUCUUGUCUCCUGCACUUGCGGGUGUACAGGAGCUUUGGUGGAACGUCACCUACGUUCAGAACGCAAAUCCAGAUGGCCUCUUUGAACGCCGUGUCAUCGGUGUUAACGGAACUUGGCCACCUCCACCAAUUGAGGUAUCCACGAAUGACUCAUUGCUUGUGCAUGUAACGAACAACAUCGAUCAACUUGCAACACUACACCACCAUGGCAUGUACUUCAACUCAACAUCCUGGAUGGACGGAGCAAUGGGAGUGUCGCAAUGUGGCAUACCCCCAGGCCAGACGUUUGACUACGUUGUGCCCAUCAACACCUCCGGCCAAGUCGGAACAUACUGGGCGCAUGGUCAUUCAAACGGAAUAUAUGUAGAUGGUCUGCGCGCGCCUCUCCUGCUGCAUUCUCCAAAUGAAACUUAUGGCGCGGAUUACGAUGCUGAGUUCACUAUUUCGAUGAGUGACUGGUACCAUCAAGAGCAGCCUGCCCUCUCGAAAGCCUUUAUCAACAUAGCAAAUCCAGGGGGGGCGGAGCCUAUUCCUAAUUCUGCCCUCGUAUAUUUCUCCCAAAAUGGUUCCUACCUGCCACCGAUCCCAGGGAGUAGCCCAUCCCCGGUGACCAGCGCGGUGGGUUUCAACGAGAACGCGACCCUUCCGUUCGAACCUGGUAAAACGUACAGACUGCGCAUAAUCAACUUGGGCGCGUUCGCAGGGUUCUACUUCUGGAUCGACGGGCAUGAUAUGCGAAUUAUCGAAGCUGACGGUACAGACAUACAGGAGCAGCCCGUCGAUAUGCUGAGUGUGUCAGUGGCGCAGCGUUACUCUGUGCUUGUCACCGCGAGGAACGAUACGUCGUCAAACUGGGCCAUCCAUGCAAACAUGGAUACAACCAUGUUUGACAAGGUCCCCAGUAAUAUAAAUCCAAAUGUUACCUCCUCCAUCACGUACUCCACCUCCUCUAACCUCACCAUUCUGUCCCCCGUAUCUUCCUAUACCACGACAAACGACAGCGCUCUGGUUCCCAUCGAUAUUGAGCCUGCGAUCCCCCCAACAAAUACCAUUCAACUUGCGUUCAACUUCCAGACGAUGAAUGAUGGGACGAAUCAUGCGUACAUCAACGAUGUGGUUUACAAUCCGCCAGUGGUACCCGCAAUCAUGAGCGCGCUGAGCCUGGGCGAAAAUGCUACUAGCCAAGUGGCAUACGGGCCGUACAGCUUUGUGAUUAACUACGGGGACGUGAUCGACCUUGUGGUGCAGAACGGCGAUACAGGGAAGCAUCCCUUCCAUUUGCACGGAUACAAGAUGCAGAUUAUGAAUAGAGCGACACAAUAUAACUCCAGCGAUCCGUCACUGAACCCACCACUUAUCGAAGGGCAAGCAAACCCGAUGCGUCGUGACACUGUAGCCAUCACUGGCGGAGGUUCCGUCACGCUCCGCUUCGUCGCUAAUAACCCCGGCGCAUGGAUCUUUCACUGUCACGUCGAAUGGCAUCUUGAAUCGGGCCUUGCGGUCCAGUUCAUAACAGCUCCGCUUCUGAUACAAGAACAGGCACAGGGCCGCGUGCCAGCGUUUAUGUUCGAACAGUGUUCUGCAAUUGGGGUUCCCACAAGCGGCAACGCUGCAGGACACGCGAGCGCAACUGACUUGUCGGGCCUCCCACUUGGCCCGUGGUUCCAGGAGCUCGGUUGGCUGGCUAAAGGUAUAUGGGCGAUGGCUGGAUGUGUGUUAACAACCGUCAUUGGCAUCCUUACUGUUGUAUGGUAUUCGGCUAUGGGAGGUACUAUCUCUGAGGAGGAAAUAGAGGAGCAGGUACUUCAGCGCAUCGAGGCAAAGAAACGCAAAGGAAAGUUCUUUGGCCUGUUGAAGAAAAAGACUUGA